AUAUAGAGAUACAGUAAAAUAUAUAUAGAUAGAUAUAGAAGAGGUACAAACAUAUAUAUAGAAAGAAAAUUGUUUGUGGGGUAAGUGGUUGGGGAGGGGUGGUGAGAUGAGUAGCAGCAACAGUAGUGGAGUUGUUGUUGGAGGGGCUAGGGUUUCAAUUCCGAGCAGUGUCCGGAAAACGAUUCAGAAUAUAAAAGAGAUCACCGGGAAUCAUAGUGAGGAUGAGAUAUAUGCAAUGCUCAAAGAAUGCUCUAUGGAUCCCAAUGAGACUGCCCAAAAACUCCUCUUUCAGGAUACAUUCCAUGAAGUAAAAAGGAAACGCGACAGAAGAAGAGAGAAUUUGAACAAGGAGUCUGCUGAGCCAAAGUGGAAACCAGCUAUGCAGGGAAGGGGAAACAAGGGGAGUCGGGGAAACUUCACUUCUCGCCAUGUUUCGCUUGAUGCUGGUGGUCGAAGGAACUCUGCACCUGAUAAGGAAAAUGGAGCCAGUCAAGUUUCUGACAAGAGUGUCAAGCCAUCCUCCGUACCAACUAUUGAGGCGAAGAAUUCUUCAAGCUCAUCAAGUUCCAGAGCCAAUGGGCCGGGUGCUGUAGCUUUUGGGAGUAAUAGUGUUGUACAUGAUGCCCAUGCAUCAGCAGGCAGAGGGAUUAAGCAAUCUGAAGCCACUGCAGGUGCUGGCUCUGUCAAGUCGGAGGAACCACUGCACACUCCAAGUCAUGGUGCGAGCAAAAGCCCCAGAGUGUCCGUAGGAAUCAGGGAUACACUUGGACAGAAGAUGCCUAACUCCAGCAACUUUUCAACCUCCUUGUCUUCACCACCUUCGUCAGGAGCUUAUUUUUCAGCAUCAGAUCCUGUUCUUUUGCCAUCUCAUGAUUCACGACCCCCUGGUGCAGUAGGCACAAUUAGAAGGGAAGUUGGUGGCCAGCAUGUGUCAUCUGAUCAUGUCCCUACCAACUCGAUCGGGAGCAAGGCAACCACUGCCGUUUCUGACUCUAGAAAUUCGACUGUGCAAGUAAAAAUGUCAAGCAAAUUCCAGGGGCCUGGAAAGAAUCAGCUUCCAGAUUCCUCACAAUGUGCUUCAUUGGCUCAGGGUGCUGCUUCUCUUAGUAGGCCUUCAUCUAAUUACAACAACCGUCCACUGGUUGGCCCACAAAAAACUGGUCCUGGUAAGGAAUGGAAGCCAAAGCCUACACACAAUAAUAUUGCUCAGGGUAAAGCUAUAUCUGCUAGUUCAUCUGAUCUUUCUACAGUUUCUGCUGAAGUCGAUACACAACCGCAGCCUACGUCUGUCAGUGUUGAAUCAAAGGAAGGGACUUUGGAACUGCAGCAGAAGCUAGAAAAAUCACACAUUUCAGAGAUUCAGCAUGUUGUUAUCCCUAACCACCUUCAUGUGCCUGAGGCUGAAAAACUUGGGUUCUGUUUUGGAAGUUUUGAAGCUAGCCUGGGCUUAGGUGUGAGCCCUUACAAUGCUGCUGAGAAAGAAAAGACUCCAUCACUUUCUGGAAGUUCUGAGGAUAUUGAAGAAACAGAAAAUGAGCAAUUUUCCAGUGAUCAAAAUCCACCAACCACCGCAGAUUUUUCUGACCAGUCUCCGCCUUCAAGUGGGCAGGAGAAUUUAUCUGCAAAGCCAGAAGAUGUAUCACCCUCUGUCCCUGAGUACAGUGAAUCUAAGCAAGAGACUCUGCAAGGAGGCCAUCAGUAUUCAGCUGUUCGUACAUCCCCCAACUAUAGUUUUGGUUUUGUGCCACCAACAUUAGGCAGUCAGCUCGUACCUUUUGAAAACUCUGAAUCACAGUCUCAUGAUGUUUCUCGUCUUCCAAACUUUGUUGUUCAGCAACCAAUUGACCCAACAAACUACUAUGCCCAGUUCUACCGCUCCAGUGCUGAUGGUGAUGGCCGCAUUUCACCCUUUCAAUCAGCAAGAGUUUCUACCAAGUACAACGGCAAUGUUGCAGUUGUGGCUCCACAAACUUCUCAAUCUGCUCAAGAGAAUGAUUUGCAGGGAGGAAACACACUUGUUUUAUCUACAGCGGCUCCAACACCACUUGCAACUCAAGCUGCCGGGCUUAUGCAAAGUUCAGCAGCUGUAACUCAGCAACCUCUCCCUGUAUUUCGACAAGCUGCAGGGAUGCAUCUGCCCCAUUAUCCUCCAAAUUAUAUUCCAUACGCUCACUACUUUUCCCCAUAUUAUGUUCCACCAACAGCCAUCCAUCAAUUCUUAAGCAAUGGUGCAUUUCCCCAGCAACCUCAGGCUGGUGGCAUAUAUCCACCUCCACCAUCCGCUGCUGCUGGCAGAUACUCACUUUCACAAUAUAGGCCAGGAGCUAAUGUGGGCAACUCAACUCACAGUGGAGUGCCUGGCUCAUAUGGGCCAUAUGGAUCCUCCACAGCCAACUAUAACCCUAGUUCAACUACAGCAGCUGGAAACCCUGCUUCUAAUGAUGAUCUUUCUGCUGCUCAAUUUAAGGAAAGCAAUGUCCACGUGAAUGGGCAACAACAGAGUGAGGGCUCAGGUGUGUGGAUUACUCCAGGCCGAGGUUUAUCCAGCUUGCAAGCAAGUUCUUUUUAUAACCUACCCCAGGGUCAAGUGGCUUUUACUCCCGCACAACCUGGCCACGGGAACCUUGCUGGUCUUUAUCAUCCAGCACAACCAGUGACUGCACAGACUGUUCAUCCACUUAUGCAACAGUCACAGACGAUGGCUGGUCCGGAUAUGGUAGGACCAACAGCCACUGUCUAUCAGCAGCCUCAACAUUCACAAAUUAACUGGCCGAGUAGCUACUAAGGAGCUGUUCCUGUCAUUUGUAAACCACAAAGAAAAGAAAUGAAAUUAUUGAUUGGAAUUUUGGGGUUACGAUUAGUUUGGAGAUGGAGGAAGUAUCCAGCAAAUGCCAAAAAGACAAUCGCUGUGCAGGUUGACUGUAAAUCUAUGAGAGAUGCCCCUCCUAGGGGAAAAAAACGAUGAGGUAUCACUUUUCUUGCUUGGGAUUGAGGAUGCAAAGAGUAUAUCCUCCUGUAACGAAUAGUGACAGUCUUUUAGUUUUGAGGCAGGCAGGCAUAAGCAAAUUGAUUUUCCAUUACAUUUGGUAGCCCUUAGUUUUCAGUAUCAACUCUUCUCUUUUCAGUCAAUUUUUCGAGUUUCUUUCCUAUAUAUCCUUCUUUGGUAGGUUUAGGGCUUCUUGAAGCAAUGUGAUUUUUAGGGGAUUUUCAUACAUUUUCUUCCCUUUUUGGCUCCAAUCUUUAUCUGUAAAGUUAGUUUUGACAUUAGAAACAGGCGUAGUUGGACUGUUGUAAUUGGUGCUUGGCACAAGCAAGAUGCUGCAUUCUUUCAGUUUUGCUAAAUUACUUACAGUGGUGAGCAUGGUGGGGUAAAUUGGUGUGAUACAGCUUUUAAAGCUCUGGGUACAUUGGAAAUUUUAAAAUCUUGCCGAUGCCCAAGAGUUUCUGUGA